AUGUCAUCAAAAAGAUUAGCUGAUGUUUACGGUAUUUACAAUGCUUGUACAAAUGUAACAUCAAACAUCUUGAAAAUUCAACGAAAGAAUGCAGAAAUUUUUAUAAAGACAUCAAAUUGGAAAUGGUCAAUAAAUCAUCUGCAAAAACCGCCAAAUUAUAAUAAAUCAGAUGAUGAAAAAAUAUUUGAAAUAGAAGAAAAAGAAAAGAAAAUUGAUGUUAAUGUUGUUGAUAAUAGUUUAGAUAUUGAUAAUAAUAAUCCAUCAGAUCAGAUACAUAAAAAUGUUCUUAAAGAAUCAAAAAUCCCAACAACAAGAAUCGGUAGAUUAUUUCAUUAUGGUGGUUUGGCUGUAGGGAUAGGAAUUGGCGCAGCAGGUGAAACCUUAAGAAGAGUGACAGGAAAUUCAAAAUCUCAAGAUGGUUCUGUGUUAAUAAAUGAGGCAAAUAUUAAUCGUCUGGUUAAUAGAUUAUCCAGAAUGAGAGGUGCAGCUUUGAAGUUAGGACAAAUGUUGAGUAUUCAAGAUAAUGAUGUGUUACCGGAACAAUUGGAAAACUUACUUUUACGACUUCAAAAUAGUGCUAAUUACAUGCCUAAUUGGCAAAUGGAGAAAGUGAUGGCGAAAGAAUUGGGUAAACAUUGGCGCCAAUAUUUUAUGAAAUUUAAUCAAAUACCAAUUGCAGCAGCAUCAAUUGGACAAGUACACGGUGCAGAAUUGAUAGAUUCCAAGAUUCCGGUGGCCAUAAAGGUUCAAUACCCAGGUGUCGUUGAAUCAAUUGAUUCAGAUUUAAAAAAUCUAAGAACUUUAGUCAUAUUAAGUAAUUUAUUACCCAAAGGACUUUACCUUGAGAAUACAAUUAAAGUGGCUAGAAGAGAAUUGGCGUGGGAAACUGAUUAUGUGAGAGAAGCUGAAUGUAUGGAGAAGUUUGAUGAGUUAUUGAAAGAUGAUAAAGAUUUUGUUGUACCAAAAGUUUAUAAAAAUUUAUCAGGAAAUAUGGUAUUAACGUCUGAACGAAUGAUGGGCGAACCAUUGGCAUAUGCUAAUAAUUAUAGUCAAGAAUUGAAAGAUCAAAUUGGGGAAAGUUUUUUAAGAUUAUGUUUACGUGAAUUAUUUGAAUUUAGAUUCAUGCAAACUGAUCCAAAUUGGACAAAUUUUUUUUAUAACAAAAAAACAAGAAAGAUUGAAUUGAUUGAUUUUGGUGCAAGUAGAAGUUUUGAUCAAAAAUUCACUGAUUUAUAUUUGCAGAUUUUAAAAGCUGCAAUCAAAGGAAACAAAGAAGGCUGUAUACAUUAUUCUGAACAAUUGGGAUUUCUAACCGGAUAUGAGACUGAGGCAAUGAAAGAUGCACAUGUUGAAUCAAUAUUAACAUUAGGAGAACCAUUUACAAAAUCAUUAUAUGAUUUCUCAAAACAAACUAUUACUCACAGAGUCAGGGAUCUGAUACCAACAAUGUUAAGAUAUAGAUUAACACCACCACCUGAUGAAACUUAUAGCCUACAUAGAAAAUUAUCCGGCGCUUUUCUAUUAUGUGCUAAAUUAAACUCAAAAGUAAGAUGUAGAAAUAUUUUUGAAGAAAUUGUUGGGGAAAUUUAA